GAGUACCGCCACCAAAUUCAUCAAACACGAUGAACUUCAAGCUGCUUUUUCUCGUUGCGCUGGUGCUGAUGGCUGUCUGCCUUGGCCAAACCGAAGGGCGCCGGUUCAAGAAGUUCCUGAAGAAAGUGGGAGGUGCUGGUCGACGAGUUGCCAACGCGGCCCAGAAGGGGUUACCGUUGGCGUUGGGUGUAAGGGGUGCCCUUGGAUAG